UGCCCCGUUUUAUUCUGGCCGGGGAGCGCCGGGCGGGGCGCGUGUGGAUGAGGCGCGCGCGGCCCGUAUCCGCCCACCCGACCCCCGGAGCAGGGAGAGCACACGUACGCCCACGAUCGAAGGCCCAGAAGCGUCCGGCACGGGGACAAAUCUUUGUCGCCCUCUCGUUCCCGCUAUAAAGCAUCCGCGCCGCGCGGCGGGGCUCGCCUAGUCGUCAUUCUGCGCGCGCAUCGCCGGCCGUCCGCCCGUCGAUCGUUCCUCCGUUCGCCAUGGACCCCUACAAGUACCGGCCGUCGAGCUCCUUCAACGCCCCGAUGUGGAGCACCAACUCCGGCGCGCCCGUCUGGAACAACGACAACUCCCUCACCGUCGGAUCCCGAGGUCCCAUCCUGCUGGAGGACUACCACCUGGUGGAGAAGAUCGCCGACUUCGACCGCGAGCGCAUCCCGGAGCGGGUGGUGCACGCGCGUGGCGCCAGCGCCAAGGGCUUCUUCGAGGUGACCCACGACGUGUCCCACCUGACCUGCGCCGACUUCCUCCGCGCCCCCGGCGUGCAGACCCCCGUCAUCGUGCGCUUCUCCACCGUGAUCCACGAGCGCGGCUCCCCCGAGACGCUCCGCGACCCGCGCGGCUUCGCCAUCAAGUUCUACACCCGGGAGGGCAACUGGGACCUGGUCGGCAACAACUUCCCCGUCUUCUUCAUCCGCGACGGCAUGAAGUUCCCGGACAUGGUGCACGCGCUCAAGCCCAACCCCAAGACCCACAUCCAGGAGAACUGGCGCAUCCUCGACUUCUUCUCCCACCACCCGGAGUCGCUCCACAUGUUCACCUUCCUCUUCGACGACAUCGGCGUGCCCGCCGACUACCGCCACAUGGACGGCUCCGGCGUCAACACCUACACGCUCGUCAACCGCGCCGGCAAGGCGCACUACGUCAAGUUCCACUGGAAGCCCACCUGCGGCGUCAAGUCGCUCCUCGAGGAGGAGGCGGUCACGGUGGGCGGCACCAACCACAGCCACGCCACCAAGGACCUGACCGACUCCAUCGGCGCCGGCAACUACCCGGAGUGGACCUUCUACAUCCAGACCAUCGACCCGGACCACGAGGACCGCUUCGACUUUGACCCGCUGGACGUGACCAAGACGUGGCCCGAGGACGUGGUGCCGCUGCAGCCGGUGGGGCGGCUGGUGCUCAACCGCAACAUCGACAACUUCUUCGCGGAGAACGAGCAGCUGGCCUUCUGCCCCGGGAUCAUCGUCCCCGGGGUGUACUACUCGGACGACAAGCUGCUGCAGACGAGGAUCUUCUCCUACUCGGACACGCAGCGCCACCGCCUGGGGCCCAACUACCUGCUGCUGCCGGCCAAUGCGCCCAAGUGCUCCCACCACAACAACCACUACGACGGGCUCAUGAACUUCAUGCACCGCGACGAGGAGGUCGACUACUUCCCCUCCAGGUUCGACCCCGCCAAGCACGCGCCCCGCUACCCCAUCCCCUCGCGCACCCUCAACGGCCGCCGCGAGAAGAUGGUGAUCGAGAAGGAGAACAACUUCAAGCAGCCCGGGGAGAGGUACCGCUCCAUGGACCCGGCAAGGCAAGAGCGAUUCAUCAACAGAUGGAUCGAUGCGCUGUCCGACCCCCGCCUCACCCACGAGAUCAAGGCCAUCUGGCUCUCCUACUGGUCUCAGGCUGACAAGUCUCUCGGCCAGAAGCUCGCGAGCCGUCUCAGCUCGAAGCCGAGCAUGUAAGAUCAGUCCAUGGAGUGCGCAAAUCAGAAAUCUGCUUCCUCUUAUCGGCGAGGAUUACGUACCAAAUGCUGCAUCUAGCUACUUCAUUUUACUGAGCCUAUUUUGAAAAGAGGACAUACAUAUGAUUCUGCAACACGUUACGCGCAUUGUCGUCUGUCGUUCAUGUAAUAAUUUGUACAAGAGCCUGUUUCUCCUGAUACUUCAUGAUUAUUGUAAAGUGAAUGCAUCUUGAUUAAUGAACCAAAUUAAGAAUAAGUUGAAGAGUAAGUAUGUCAAUAA